AUGUCAAGCCUUGUCAUCGGGACUGCGCCGGAGGGUCUGGACUUGUCCGCCGACAGGAUCGCUCAGAAUGACGGCACGGUUGGGGCUGUCAUGGCAAUUGCUACAAUUUUUGUGGGUUUGCGAUUUUGGGCCCGAACGACAAAUAAAAGUGCCAAUUUAGCAUAUGAUGACUGGUUUGUUUUGGUAGCAUUGAUUAUUUUCGCCUAUGUUAUUCUGUAUGCCACAACAGUGCCUAUGGUCAAAUUAUCCGUGCUUCUUCUCUAUCGCCGAAUUUUCCGCCUCACUUGGUCCUUGUAUUUCUGUGCAUUUCUCUCCAUCGGAUAUGCCGUCUCAGUCUCUACCACCAUCUCGGUCGCUUGCGUCCCGUCAUCUUUCUUCUGGACCCAAUGGGUGUAUCCUUUGAGUGGAGGGCACUGUCGAAUCAAUCUCUACCAAUUCUAUCUAUGGAACGGUGUCGCCAACCUGUUCACCGAUGUCAUCAUUCUAUGCCUGCCCAUGCCGAUCGUUUGGAGCCUGCAGAUGCCCAAAGGUCAGAAAUGGGCCAUUAGCGGUAUCUUCUUGCUUGGUGGAUUCGUCUGCGUAGCGACAAUUGUCCGCAUCUGCGCCAUCACGAAAAUGAAAGAUUCCGUCGACAUAACAUGGGUGAUUGGCGACGCCAUGAUCUGGUCCAACGUCGAGCCCUGCAUCGGUAUUGUCAGCGCCUGUCUACCGACCCUUCGCCCACUCCUGCGCCAAAUCCCCCAACUGAGACUAUGGGGGAUUUUCGGCAGCAGUGGCCUCACACGGGACUAUAAAAUGACCGGCGAGGGGACUUCGGGCACGGGGCUGCAGAGUACCGGCAACCAGUCAGGCUAUCGGCCCUCGAAUGGUAAGAAGCAUCGAUUUUGGCCGGAAGAGGAUGAAAUCUACCUGACUACCGACGUAGGACGUGCUAGCAGUCCUCGCAGAGAGGAAGGCGUGAUCCCGUCCAACGGCUCCACUGCUUCCGGCCAGGAACCUAUCGCCAUGCAGAUUAGGGUGAAGCAGAACUUCGAUUGGAGAGAGGACCACCCAUGA